CCUCUUACACUGAUGCCACAAAGAGAAAAGACCUUACUCCAAUGCCAUCUCAAAACAAAACUUCCCCAAGAACUGUUCACUGCUAGUGCUGGCUGCCAGCAGAAACCUAUAUAAAGACAAGGGAAGAAGGAAUGGGAUGUGUCUGUUCUUUGCCAGCUUGCCCUCUACUUGUCAGCACAUCCAUCUCUUCACCACCAUGGACGUCUACUUCUUUGGGAUUCCAGCAUAUACAGAGGCCAGCAGAGACACCCAGCCUCAUGGGUGUAACUACUAGAUUUUUGUACUUUCCAUCCACAACUAGAGUGCAGCAUGAGCCAGUGACCUCUGAGGAUGUUGCUGUGAACUUCACUGUAGAAGAGUGGGCAUUGUUGGAUUCUACUCAAAAGAAGCUCUACAGUGCUGUGAUGGAAGAAACAUUUUUAAACCUGAUAUUCAUAGAGAAAGCACUAGAAGAAAAUAUUGAAGAGGACCACAAAGAUCUCAGCAGAAAUACAAGAACUCUGGUGGUUGAGAAAGACUGUGGAUAUGAAUGCAAUAGUGAGUGUGAUAAGAACCAGAAACCUAUUACAGAGACUAUCAUCAAUAAAGAUGUGCACCCAGGAGUAAGAGUUCAUCAAAGUUCAUUGCGUGUAAAAAACAUCAUUUGUCAUUCAUCCUCACAUGGGUAUCUCAGAGAACAACCUAGAGGGAUACGAUCUGUAUGUAAGGAAGCUAUGGCAAAGGAUUUUACACAUCAGAAACAUUGGAAACUCAUUAGUCAUUCUGAAUCACUUUUGGAACUUGAAACUUCUCCUAAGGAGAAACCCUGCAAAAGUCAACAAUGUAAUGAAACCUGUAGGAGUCUCUGUUUUGAUCAGCCUCAGGAGAGAACUCACACUGGAGAUAAACUCAAUGAGAAUGACUUAACAAGAUGCACAUAUGGCCAGAAUGAUGAAGGAAUCAAUAAAGAAGGGAAAACAUUUGUAUGUAAACUCUGUGAAGAAUCAGUCAUUCAUUCCAGUGACCUUAUCAGCCAUGAAAAAAGUCAUAUUGGAGAGAAAAGGUACAUUUGUAGUCAAUGUGGCAAAACAUUUAAUUAUGCAAAAUGUUUUGAAAACCAUGAAGUAACUCACAGUGGAGAGAAGCCUUGUGCUUGUAAACAUUUUGGAAAAGCCUUCACACAAUACAGUUAUCAUAACAAUAAUGAAAGUAGUCAUAUUGGAAAGAAUCCCUAUGCAUGUAGACAUUGUGGAAAAGCCUUUACCAGUUCCUCUUACCGAAACAUUCAUGAAAGAAUUCACACUGGAGAAAGGCCUUAUGCAUGUAACUAUUGUGGAAAAGCUUUCACCAGUUCUGCUUAUUGUAAUAUUCAUGAAAGAAUUCACAGUGGAGAAAAGCCUUAUGUCUGUAAGCAUUGUGGAAAAGCCUUCAGUGACCUAAGUCGCCGUAGCAGACAUGAACGGAGUCACACUGGAGAGAAUCCUUAUGCGUGUAAGUUUUGUGGGAAAGCCUUCAGUGACUCCAGUCGUCGUAACAGGCAUGAAAGGAUUCACACGGGAGAGAAGCCUUAUACAUGUAAGUAUUGUGGAAAAACUUUCACUAAUUUUAGUUCAUGUAAAGGUCAUGAAAGAGUUCACACUGGAGAGAAGCCUUAUGUGUGUAAGCAUUGUGGAAAAGCAUUUACCCGCUCUAAUCAACUGCACGCUCAUGAAAGAGUUCACACUGGAGAGAAGCCUUAUGCAUGUAAACAUUGUGGAAAAACUUUUAAAACUUCUACUUGUCGAAACUUGCAUGAAAAAAUUCACACUGGAGAGAAAGACUUUGUCUGUAAAACAUGUGGGAAACUGUUCAUUCAGUCUAGUGAUCUUAACAAGCAUGAAAGAGUUCACUCCAAAGACAAGCCUUAUGCAUGUACGCAUUGUGGAAAAUCCUUCAGUGACUCCAGUAGUCGUUACAGACAUGAAAGACGUCACACUUGAGAAAAGUCUUAUGUGUGGAAGCCUUGUUGAAAAACCAAUUUCAGUUUGUGUAAGACCUCUGAAAGACUCCAUACUGGAGAGAAGCCUCAUGAUGUAAGCAUUGUGGAAAAGCCUUCACCCGCUACAGUCAUCUGAACAUUCAUGAAAUGAUUUACACUAGAGACAAGCCUAACUCAUGGAAACAUUGUGGAAAAACCUCCAACACUUCUGCUUGGUCUAACUUGCGUGAAAGAAAUCACACUGGAGAGAAACCUGUGUUUAAAACAUGUGGGUUCAUUUAGUCUAGUGAUUUUAAAAGGCAUGAAAGAGUUCACUUAAAAAACAGGCCUUAUGCAUGUAAGAAUUGUCGAAAAUCCUUCAGCUGCUCUGGUGAUCUUACCAGACAUGAAAUGCUUCACACUAGUUGGUAGCCUAAUGCUGCUCGUUAGCACUGUGGAUAACCUUCACUAUUUCCACUUUGCCCAAGAGUAAUAAAAACAUUCACAUUGGAGAGAAACCCUCUGUUCAUAAACAUUUAGAAAACUAUUUCUUUGUUCUUAUUUAUCAAAUAUAAACGAUCUCACAUUAGUGAGGAACCUUACCAAUAUUAGCAAUGUGGGAAAGCCUUCACCACUUCCAGUUUCUGUAACCCUCAUGUAAGAAUUUACACAGGAAAGAGGCCUAAUGCAUGUGUGCUUUCAAAUAUUGUCAAAAGCCUUCAUAAGUUCCUGUUUCCAUGAAGUUCUAAGAAUCUAUCCUAGAGACAGGUCUUACAUGUAUAAUCAUGUGGAAAAUCCUUUAGUGGCCACAGUUCUUAUUAUAUUCAGUUUUUUUGCCACUGGGGAAAGUUUUUAUGUUUUUAAUAAAUGUGGGAAAACAUUCACAGUUUUUAAAAACCCUACCCUCUCAAACAAUCUGUUCCUGAAUUUCCAUGUUUCAGACCUAUGGUCAAACCCAAAAUGAUCUCACAGUGAAAGCUGCAAUGUACAGACUUUGUGACAGUGCAUUAGUCAAAUUGCUUCCGUUGUGAGAUAUGGAAGAAGAAUGUGAUUGGAACAUGAGAUGCCUCAGCUAGUAAUGGUUCUUGCCAAAAGAUAUGAUUAUCUCAAUUCCCUCAUUGGAUCUUGCAUGGUGGAAAUAGAGACCCAGUUCCUGAAAGUUGUCUCCUGAGAAUCAAAUGCAUGCUUCCUAAUGAACACAAAAAGAAAAAUACAAAUGAAUAAAGAAAUAAUGACGUGUUCAUAGCAGUAGAGGCAUAACUGACAAAUACAGUGUUUUAAUGUGGAAAGAUACAGAGUGUGAGACCUGCAAAAGUGUAAUGUUAAUGCCCAAUAUUUUGCUAUAUGUAGCAUGGAAACUACUUGCAUUAUGAGCAGUACCUGUAUUUUGUUUUUGCUUUUAACUGUGGCUAUGGCAGUAGCUUUGAAAACAGGUAUAGUAGUGGUGUGCUUGGGGAAUGGCCCAAUAGGCUAAUACGUUUGAAACUUUGUUCCCAUUGGUGAAACAGUUUGAGGACAAUUAGACAGUAUGGCCUGUGGUGAAUAUCUGUCACUCUCAGCAAGUUUGAGAUUUCAAGACACGACACUCCUAGUCUGUUCCCUCUGCCUCCUGAUUGUAGAUUAUCAUGUGAGUCCUGACACCGUGCCUUUGCUCCACCUGAAGAGAUCCUGACACUCUGCAGCGUCAAGCCCAUUGUAACACUUUCUUCUAAAUGUUUCUCUACUAGUUGGAAUUUGUCACAACUAUGAAAAGGAAAUUCAGAUAUCCACCUUGGGGUUUAAAAAAAACCAAAUCCAAGUGCACUUUAAUCCCAGCACUUGAGAGGCAGAGGCAGAUGAAUCUCUGUGAGUUUGAGCUCAGCCUGGUCUACAAGAGCUAGUUCCAGGACAGAUUCCAAAGCUACAGAGAAAACCUGUCUCAAAAAACCAAAAGAAAAAAAGAAAAGAAAAAAAUAUCCAGUAAGAAAUUUUCAUUGCAAAACUGAAAAAUCGGAUUGUCAUUUUUAAUGAAAUAACAGUUGUGAAACUUUUUCAUAUACUUAAAUCUUAAGUCAACAAUAAAUUAAAUACUUUCUGGAAGUUAAUCCAAAGGCUUUAGAAACAAACAGCUUGAAAGAAGUACAUUCAAAUAUUGAGCAUUUUUAUUAGUGGCCCAUUUCUAUACAGGAGAUUUACUUUGCAUUAUGUUUUCCUUAGUAAGGCAAGGUAUGGUUUCUGUGUUUACUCCAGUUUAUCUCAUAUCUGAAGAUUUGGAACUAGGAUUUAUCUUUCUGAGUCCGGCUUAGCACACGUUUUGUAAUUGAUUCCAUUUACCAAACCAUUUUCUGACUUAAGAUUUGUGUGUGUGUGUGUGUGUGUGUGUGUGUGUGUGUGUGUGCGCGCGUGCGCGCCUGAAUAGUAUGCCAUUGGUAAUUGGGAGAGACUACAGAGGAGAGUAGCUGGAUGUAAUUAACAGGAGGGGAAAAUUUGAAAACUGUGGAGGAAGAGAUUCUAAUUAGGGAUGAAAUGAAUACAGCCAAUAUGGGAGACAAAUGAGGAACUAAUGCCAAUGUUGUUUGGUAAUGGUUAAGAAGCAGUUAUUUUGGAGCCAGGGAGUCGUGACACAUGCCUUUAAUCCCAGUACUCGGGAGGCAGAGGCAGGCAGAUCUCUGUGAGUUCGAGGCCAGUCUGGUCUACAAGACCUAGUUCCAGGACAGACUCCAAAGCUACAUAGAAACCUUGUCUCGAAAAACCAAAAAUAAAAUAAAAUAAUAAUAAAAAGUAGUUAUUUUGUAUAUAUGCAAAAUUUUAUGUCUUGUAUAGUGUGAUAUAUAUACACCUUGUAUAGUGUAAUUAUACAAUAUCUAUUAUAAAUAGUAAUGUUAUGUUAUACUUAUGUAUAAUGCAGGUGUCAAUACAAGAGUAUGUACAUACUCGUGGAUACACAAACACACACACAUAUAUAUUAAAUGAAGUUAUAUCACUUGGCAUGACAGUCCCUUCCCCCAAGAACCCUAUAUUAAUAAAAACAACAGCACCAGGCAUAAGAAAUCUCCAUUCGCAUUGUUCAUGAUGGUCCAUGUAAUUCCCCAAGCAAUUUAAGUAAUACUCUUUUCUUUGGUCAUCUUUGAGAAGUUGAGGGUAACUCAUAUUUGUUGACACAUUCCAUACUUGGAAUUCAGGACUAAGAAAGGUUGAACUGGAUCUAACACCAAAAUCUUCUUAGUCUGUCAUACAUAGAUACAAUUCAGUUUGCCAAGUGAGAGAAAUGGUCAAUAGCCCUCCCCAACUGUGACUUUUGUUUUGGUUUGCAUGAGAAUGGCCCCCAAAGGCCUCUAUAUUUGAGUGGUUUUUUAUCAGUUAGUGGAACUGGUGGGAAAGAUUAGAAGAUGUCACCUAGUUGCAGAGCAUUAGUCACUGGGAUGGCUUUAAGGCUUCAGUGCUUACAUUGUUCCAAGUUAGCUCUUUCUCUCUGGCUCCAAUUUUCAGAUCUUUUUAGCUAGUGUCCAUUGCUAUGCUUGCCUACCUGUGCCAUAUUACCUGUGAUGAUAAUCACGGGCUCUAUCCUCUAGAACCAUGAGUGUCCAAAAAUGUUUUCUUUCAUAAGUUAUUUUGGUCACGAAUUAGGAAAUAAUAAUAGGAAAAUAGCAACCCAAUGAACCCAAACAGUGAUUAGUAUGGCAAGAUAUCAACACAGGCACAAUAGUGUCUUCCCUGUCUUGUUGGUGACCAGCUACUGUAUAAUUUAUAUUUAGGUCUGUCCAACAGGAAGGAAAUUGUGUGUGGUACUAGAAAUGUAACCAAUGAAUGAGGGUAGUGAUAUUAUGGAUUUUAGAGAACCUACUUCUGCCAGCAUAAAUCCUGAGUCUUAAAACUUAUUUUUAUACUCACAAAAUUAUAGCCCAUGCCAUUUCUUAAAUAAGCUCUCUAGAGCAAGCAGACAAUUUCAACCUUGUUUCAUUCUUUCCUCUUGCAUUUUGAGGAAAGGGGGAUGCAGAUGUGGAUACUUUCUAUUUUUACAGUGAUAUUAUCAGUGAAUAAAAGUUGUAUCUGUUCCUCCUCAUUCUUAGGUCCUUCUUGUUGCCUGGAGACUGCUUAUUCGUUUCCUAGACAUUCAGACUCCCAAAAUGAUCAAAGAGAAAUCUGUAUUAAUUGCAAUAUUGCUUGGCCAAUAGCUUAAGCAUAUUUCCAGCUAGCUCCUACAUCCCAAACUAACCCAUCUCCAUUAAUCUGUGCAUCACCACAAGGUUGUGGCCUUCCAGAGUCCCCGGAGGCAACAUGGAUUCUCACUGACUCUGCCUUCUUUCUCCCAGCAUUCAGUUUAGAGUUCUUGCCUAGUUCUAUUCUGCUAAGUCACUGGCCAAAACAAAUUUAUUAAUAAAAACAACACAUAGACAAAAGGACUUCCCACACCUCUUUCCAAUUUUUUCUCACCUCAUAUUUUCACCUAGUUUGUUGACAUGAUCUUAAAAGUUUUUUAUUGAGCUAUAUAAAUUUUUAAUCUUGUUUAUUGAAAGAAUGGGUUAAUUGAAUGUAAUGCCAAGUCUCAACACAAAGAAUGCAUGCACAUUAAUCCCUCUGUUGUGCUAUUGCUGAUUGACAAUUCCUUUCCUGGUGUACACUGUAAGCUAAAUGUUGUCAUGCAACUAAGGAAAAUUGUAAGCAUGAUAGAAGUAAGGUCAGGGAAGAUGUCCUUUAGGGGUUGCAAUGACUUUGGACUAUCUCUCUUCAUACUAAUGUUAAAAUUAUCAAAUAGUAACCACUUAUUGAUAUUAGUGUUUAAAAGAAUUAUCCAUGACAUCUAAAUAGUAAUCCUUAUUAUUAUAUUAGACUUGUAUGUUAUUUUUCAGUUAUUUGAUAAUGAUAUCCCCAUACAAUAGAGCUAAAGAAAGGAAUACUAGACCUCCGGAGUGAUUCUUUUGUCGCACAGCCAUUUCACCUUAUAUAGCCAACUUAGUUUACCAUGUUUCUAAAUAUUGUGGCCACAUGUUUACAUUUUCCCCAAUCCUUCCAGAUUCAAUAAAGUAUUAAUGACCUAUCUGCUAGAAUAAAUUACAUUUUGUCUUAGAAAAAGUCAAGUUUAAACCCUGGCAGUAAAGGUUCCUUGUGGAUCUGUACUUUCUGCCUGGGAACCUGGAUGACUAUGGUAAAUCUGGAUUUCAGUGGAUAUCCUGCUAUUCUAAUUCUUAGUAAGCCUUUGAGCCUUGGUUAUACCCAAUUCAACUGGAAUCAACCAAUGCAAUAACUUGUUUGCAUUGUAGUCUCUUUGUAAUAUUCAAGCUGCCUCAGUUACUGUUAAGUUUACUGCGUCUCAGAUAAGCAGGAAGUCCUAGUCUCCAACCUUUGCAACUAUUGACACCUGCGGGGUGGUAUUUAGGGUGCUAUUAACUGUUUUAUAAUAUCUUAAAGUGUUACUUAUUUCUAUAAAGCAAAUAUAACUUUGAUCCUGAAAACUAGCUUUUAUUGAGAUAUGAAGUAACACUGUUACAGAAAUUGCAACAGUAAUUUAUGUUGAGAAAUUUUUAAUUUUCUUUCAUUUAUGGUAAUUCUUAUAAGUAACUAACAAGUCAAAUUUGUUUUAUAUCAUUUUGGGAUAACUGGAUAAUAUACACAAUAAUUCCAUGUUGGAUGAGAUGCUAUGGAUUACUUUUAAAAAUAUUUUUAUAAAAUUUUUUAAUUUUAUUUUUCAUAUAUAUGGAUGUUUGACCUGCAUAUUUGUGCCUCAUGUGCAUGUCUUGUGCUCGCGGAGGCCAACUUUGCUCUUUCUCUAUAAAAUACCAUUUUCCUUAUGAGGUUGAUAGGACAUACAACACCAACCAAGAGUCACAUUUAAAAUCUAAAUAUGCUUAAUCUAUACAAAUAAAAUUGUCUAUUCUGGUAAGUAUUAAAAUAAUAAUAAUUAAUAUCUCAUAAUUCUAAAAUACCUUAUCGUAUGAAUUAUAACAUUUAACUUAAUUGAUAACAGUAAAAAUUAUGGCUGAUGACCUGUCUACAUGAGCUCUCCUCUUUAAUAAUACAUUUUCCCAAGUUUGAUUGUGUCCAAUUUAAACUAAUGAAAAAAAAUUAAAGGAAGUACCAAGAUGGUGUCUGUUCAGCCUCCUUAAAGUCUUCCCAAAAGUUUAAAUUUUAUGUCUUUAACAUCCAAGGUCUUCUACUUAGAUUACAGUCAUAUCUUUAAAAUGACAAGGUUUAGAUUAAGGAUUGUUAAUGCUAGUAAAAUGUGAUCUAAGAUCUAAUCAGCAGCCUAAUCUAAAAGUGAAAAUUGAUAUUUCUUUUUCUUUAAGAUGACCUUCCUAAUACUGAUUCAUAUAUGUAUUAUAUGCAUGUUCUUGUAAUUUUAUAUUGUUUCCAUUGUACAACUUAGCUUAUAAUUAACUACUAUUUUAAUUAAAUAUACCAAAUUGACCUAAAUUUCUUUUAUAGUGUAACUUAAGCCUAUUUAGUAAAUGUUAGAUGGAACAUCACUCAAUAUGAUAUGUGGUUGGUCAUCCUCUCAGCCCUGAGUUUAUAAGUUUAAAAUGCCCUUGCUUCUCCCUACACAGAAUACCUUCUAUACCAGGGCACAUCUUCAUUAUCAUGAGCAAGGCUUUCAUCUUUGAAAGAAUUCCUUAGUCUCUGCCUUUCCUAAAAUGUAAAGACCAAUAAAAUAACUUACCCCUUUCAUUUCAGGGUUCCAUAAGUAAUUAUUAUGUUAAAAAUAUGUCCCCAAAUAUUCUGUUUCGUCAAAAUAAUUGCUUAUGUUUUCAAAUAAAUAUGUCAGAAUGCCAAUUAACAAAUAGA